GGAAUCCACAAUAAUGAAAAGCUUAAAACCCUUUUGGGGUACUCAUUGAUUCACUGAUUCACUCAUUUUGUCAUAUUGCCAUGCAAUCCUUGCUCUUUGAAGGCGAGUCGCUGGUGCCCGAAAAAUGCCGUAGCAAACAUUCUACAGAGUACGGAGCAGGAGUCGUAGCGCAACUAGACAUAACUAGACAUAACUAGACAUAGUAGCGCAACGUACCUUUGGCAAAUCAGCCAGCGAAACUGAAUUAGUCUUUCUUGACUAUUUUAAACUCUUACAAAACCACCACAUAAUCCUCGACUUUCUACCAUCAUCUAACAUUUCGCUCUUCGCUUUUCGCUUUCUUCUCCUCGAAGACACUAUAAAACCCUCUUUACUCUUCCAGUCCAACGCAUAAUUCGGGACUCUUCAAUACUCAAUACUCAAUACUCUACAGGGUCUCACUUUCGACAGCCAACCUUGUUGGUCAUCAUCCACUCUCAAACAACCCCAUCUUGCCCUUUCACAUUCAUUCCGUCUUACUCGAGUCGUUUCUGGAUCACAUCAUUUUACUGCAACCACCACAGUAAUUAAACCUGUCUCGACCCCCAAAUACUUGACAACAAUCUACUUCCUGUUUUCUGUCAAUCCCAUUUGAAAGCAUACAAUAAAGAACACCGUCAAAAUGUCUGCCGUUGCUGCGAAAAAUCGUUUGAUGUCCGAGUACAAGGGACUGGCCAAAGAGAAAUGGGUCAACAUCGAGAUGAACGAAGAAUCCCUAUUCAAGUGGCAAGUCGGUUUGAUGGUUGUUAACGACGAGAGUGCUUUCAACGGUGCUUACUUCAAGGCCGAAAUGACUUUCACCGACAAUUAUCCAUACAGCCCUCCUACCUUCAAGUUCCUCCGACCAAUCCAACACCCUAAUAUCUAUCCCGAUGGCAAAUUGUGUAUCUCAAUCUUGCACCCACCCGGAGAAGACGAGCAAUCCGGAGAAUCUGCCAGUGAACGUUGGUCCCCGUUACAAGGAGUUGAAUCCGUUUUGCGUUCCAUACUUCUUCUCCUGGAUGAUCCCGAGAUCAACUCUCCUGCCAACGUCGACGCUGGAGUUAUGUACCGUGAUAACAAGGAAAAAUAUAACGAGAAAGCUAAAGAGGCUGUCGCUGCUUCGAAGCAGGACAUUCCAGCCGGAUUUGAAAUGCCCAAAACACUUGAAACUGCCCCUCCUGCGAAACUUGUAGAUGACGAUGCGUUCUGGGCCGAAAGUGAUGAAGAGGACGACUUUGGGGCCAGUGAUAGUUCCGAUGAAGAUAUGGAGAACGAAGACGAAGAGGAAGAGGAUGGCGAGGAACAAGAAGAGGACGAUGAAGACAUGGAAGAUUAAGGGAGAAGAGCUAUCAAGUCUCACUUAUUCUUGAAGUGCAUUGCUUCUCACGAACCUCCCAAAUGUUCUCAAUACUGGCUACUUCGUUAAAAGUGCUUCUGGUCACAACUUGCGAUAGAGGGAGGGUCAUAUUAUUUUAUUUUACAGCGCAUAGUACAGCGGCGGUCCGCUUGGUUUACAUGGGAGGCGCAAAGGACAAUGCAAGCAUAUUCACUUUCCAGGCGUACGUAUAACAGGGCUUUUUACACUGAGGGAUCUUAGCGCUUUUAGAUUAUGGGGAAAUAUGGAUUUGGUGUUACAUAUUUUGAAGGGCAUAAUUUAUCUGGGGCUUUUGCAGUAGGUGGCGAGAUAGGGUAAAUAGUUACAGGCUGUGGAUAGGAAUAUUUCAAUACAAGAUAAGUUCGCAAUACCUAGUGUUGAUAGUUCA